UUUGGCUACGUGGAAGUAGCUUCUCUUAUGAUCCAGGCUGAGAGCAUCCGUCGCCUUCUUCCGUCAGCUUCACACCGACAUAAUGAUUAAAAAGUUUGAUAAGAAGGACGAGGAGUCUGGAAGUGGGUCCAAUCCUUUCCAGCAUCUGGAGAAGAGUGCCGUGCUGCAGGAGGCGCGUAUCUUCAAUGAGACCCCCAUCAACCCACGGCGAUGCCUCCACAUUCUCACCAAGAUUAUCUACCUCCUCAACCAGGGAGAGCAUUUUGGGACCACAGAGGCCACGGAAGCCUUCUUUGCGAUGACCAGGCUCUUUCAGUCGAAUGAUCAAACCCUGAGAAGGAUGUGUUACCUGACCAUCAAAGAGAUGGCCAACAUCUCUGAGGAUGUCAUUAUUGUCACUAGCAGCUUGACCAAAGACAUGACCGGGAAGGAGGAUGUUUACCGAGGACCUGCUAUCAGAGCCCUCUGCAGGAUUACAGAUACAACAAUGCUGCAAGCCAUCGAGAGAUACAUGAAACAGGCCAUUGUUGACAAGGUGCCCAGUGUCUCCAGCUCAGCCCUUGUCUCCUCACUGCACAUGGUGAAGAUGAGCUACGAUGUGGUGAAGCGUUGGGUGAAUGAAGCCCAAGAGGCUGCUUCCAGUGACAACAUCAUGGUCCAGUACCAUGCCCUGGGCCUGUUGUAUCACCUCAGGAAGAACGACCGUCUUGCCGUCACCAAGAUGCUCAACAAGUUCACCAAGUCUGGUCUCAAGUCUCCCUUUGCCUACUGCAUGCUCAUCAGGAUCGCCAGCAAACUGCUGGACGAGACGGAGGGAGGUCACGACAGCCCCCUGUUCGACUUCAUCGAGAGCUGCCUGAGGAACAAGAAUGAGAUGGUGGUGUAUGAGGCGGCCUCUGCCAUCGUCCAUAUGCCCAACUGUACUGCUCGGGAGCUGGCCCCUGCUGUGUCUGUGCUGCAGCUCUUCUGUAGCUCUCCCAAAGCAGCCUUGAGAUACGCUGCAGUCAGGACCCUCAACAAGGUGGCCAUGAAGCAUCCAUCAGCCGUGACUGCGUGCAACUUGGACCUGGAAAACCUGAUCACUGACUCCAACCGCAGCAUCGCCACGCUGGCCAUCACCACUCUGCUCAAGACCGGCAGUGAGAGCAGCGUGGACCGACUCAUGAAACAGAUCUCCUCGUUUGUGUCCGAGAUCUCUGACGAGUUCAAGGUGGUGGUGGUGCAGGCCAUCAGUGCUCUGUGCCAGAAGUAUCCCAGGAAGCACAGCGUCAUGAUGAACUUCUUGUCCAACAUGCUCAGAGAUGAUGGUGGUUUCGAGUACAAGCCUUGCACUCUACCUGUGCAUGUCAGAACAAAUGAGAAUCCAGAAGCUGUGGCCAAGAACUCUUCGGCCAUCGUGGACUGCAUCAUCAGCAUCAUCGAGGAGAACCCAGAGAGCAAAGAGACGGGCUUGGCCCACCUCUGCGAGUUCAUCGAGGACUGCGAGCACACGGUGCUAGCCACAAAGAUCCUGCACCUGCUGGGCAAAGAGGGCCCACGCACCCCCCAGCCCUCCAAGUACAUCCGCUUCAUCUUCAACCGAGUGGUGCUGGAGAGCGAGGCUGUCCGUGCAGCCGCAGUCAGCGCUUUGGCUAAAUUUGGAGCUCAGAACGAUGAUCUGCUGCCGAGCGUCCUGGUUCUCAUGCAGAGGUGCAUGAUGGACAGUGAUGAUGAAGUGCGCGACAGAGCUACUUUCUACAUGAACGUCCUGCAGCAGAAGCAGAAGGCUCUGAAUGCUGCCUAUAUCUUCAACGGUCUGUCUGUUUCCAUCCCCGGACUGGAGAAGUCCCUCCACCAGUACACUCUGGAGCCCUCAGAGAAACCUUUCGACAUAAAGAGUGUCCCUCUGGCCACCACACCUAUCACAGAACACAAAACAGAAAUGGCUCCUAUUGCCACCAGCAAACUGCCAGAGAAGAUGGCUCCAUCACGCCAGGACAUUUAUCAGGAACAACUGGCAGCCAUCCCAGAGUUCCAGGGUCUCGGGCCGCUCUUCAAGUCCUCUGAACAGGUGCAGCUGACGGAGGCCGAGACAGAAUACGUGGUGCGCUGUGUCAAACACACCUUCGCCAGGCACAUGGUGUUCCAGUUUGACUGCACAAACACCCUGAAUGACCAGCUCCUGCAGAAGGUCGUAGUGCAGAUGGAGCCAUCGGAGUCCUACGAGGUGAUGCAAUACAUUCCAGCUGCCAACCUCCCCUACAGUCAGCCUGGUUCCUGCUACACUCUGGUCCGCCUGCCUGAGGACGACCCCACCGCUGUGUCUUGUACGUUCAGUUGUACUAUGAAAUACUUGGUCAAAGACUGCGACCCGAACACAGGAGAGCCUGACGAUGACGGUUAUGAUGAUGAAUACGUGCUGGAGGAUCUGGAGGUGACCGUUGCAGACCACAUCCAGAAGGUUUUGAAACCGAACUUUGGAGCAGCGUGGGAUGAAGUGGGAGACGAAUUUGAGAAAGAAGAGACUUUUGCCCUGGCGUCUGUACGAACUCUAGACGAGGCGGUGGGUAACAUCAUCAGCUUCCUGGGAAUGCAGCCAUGCGAGCGCUCCGACAAAGUCCCAGAGAACAAGAACUCACAUGUCCUCUUCCUCGCUGGUGUGUUCCGGGGAGGUCACGACGUGUUGGUUCGUGCUCGCCUCGCUCUGGCUGACGGCGUCACCAUGCAGGUGACGGUUCGCAGUGGUGAAGAGACGGUCGUCGACGUCAUCCUGGCCUCGGUGGGCUAAAACGCCGGCGGUGUUGCUUCUUGUCAUCUCUGCACGCCCAACUCUCUGAGACAUCACUUACUUCUUUUACACAGCUCUAAAAAUAUAAUGUAUAAUGAUAUCGUGUUUGUUAUGCUGACACCAUCCAACAACAUAAAUGUUUUAUUUCUUCUAUAGUGUUUCUUUAUACCGUCUGCUGGUUCUCAUGUUUUUCUGUGCAGUAAGAAUAUUCUUCUGUCAAAUCUUCAAUAAAUUCUGACUGUCAAAGUA